AUUUUAUUCUAGAAAUAAGGGCUUUCCCCUAGCUUUUAUGAUUUUAAGAAAUCCUGUUUGGAAAUGAUCAUCUUACAUGACAAUAAUUCAGAUUUAUGAAAUGCCGCAGGCUUUAAGCGAAGCAGGCCCAGUGCUGCGGUUUUGCUUAGCAUAGCCGAGGUAGACGAGGUAGAACGAACUCUCUUCCCAGAACCUAAUCCAGGCCUGCGCUGAAGCUUUUCUGAUUUGGGUAGAAAGUCUUUGGGUAUUCACUGGGAAAUCAGGUGAACUGGUGAAUGGGUAGAGAGGUUGUGUAAUAAGUCGAAUAUAGUUUCAUGUUAAUGAUAGAAUCCAAGUGAUGGCUAGAAGGCCGCGGUGACGGAGUAAUAAAAUUCAGUUUUUCUGUAUGUUUGAAAGUUUUUCAUACUAAAAUGUUGGGUGGGGUAAAGGCUGGUUCUGUGUCAAAUUUGGUCAAAUCCCUGCUGCGCAUUAGCUGUGAGAUUGGAACAAAAGGCCCAAUACUCAAAUAACUGCAUUUUCUCAUCUGCGCACAGUGGAUGGUUACCAAUCUCGCAGAGCUGGUAAGAGAGGGAACACCGUCAAGUUUUCCCCCAACUCCCAUGGGCCCUCAAAUCGAGGGCGGCCCCGAGGGGUGGGGGGAGAGAAACACAAACCAGCAGCAGGUCCUAAAUCUCUGGAGUUGGCUGGUGGGAAACGCCUUUAAAGGGGCGAGGAGCGGCAGCACCUGUGUUUACUCGUGACCAGGUGGCCGCCAGAUUGUGUGUGGCUUAGCCUGGAACCUCUUAAUGCAUGACUCCACCCCGAGAAGGUGCUUUCAAGGACACCCCAGAAGCAGAAUGCCUCCCCCGAUGCCCGCCAGUGCUCUAGGGGUCUGAGGAGAAACCUUUUACGCCCAGAAAUGACAGCCGUAUUCUCUUGACUACAACAUCCCACCUCCAGGCCGUUUAAUUCUUUUUGCCGGUUUCAUUUUAGGAAACGCGAUCAUUACUAGCGAACCCUGAGGAAACCUUCUGUAAAAUAUGCGGAUUUAACGAGAAGCGGUGCAAGUGUUCCGUACUGCCUUAGCGACUGAUGACAGCCAUCCAAAGCGCCGGGUGCUAGAGGGACAGAACCCGGGCGGACAGACGAAAAUUCUGUGGCGGAGCGCUGAGCCGGAAGGGGGCGGGGCCAUAGAACGCCCCGCCCCCGGCCCUUUGUGACGUGGAACAAUGCCUGCCACGCGUCGGAACUCAACUGCUUUCACAGCGGCUGGGCACAACUGACACGCGUCAAGGAACGCCGUGUCAUCUGAGGCCAACUUCAGGAAUCAUGCAGUUUCUAUUAAGAUUAAUCGUUUUCUUUUAUGUAUGGGGCAUUUUUACUGCUCAGGGACAAAAGGAAGAGGAGAGCUCAGAGGAAGUGAAAAUCGAAGUUUUGCAUCGUCCAGAAAACUGUUCUAAGACAAGCAAGAAGGGAGACCUGCUAAAUGCCCAUUACGACGGCUUCUUGGCUAAAGACGGUUCGAAAUUCUACUGCAGCCGGACACAAAAUGAAGGCCACCCCAAAUGGUUUGUUCUUGGUGUUGGGCAAGUCAUAAAAGGCCUAGACCUUGCGAUGAUGGAUAUGUGCCCUGGAGAGAAGCGGAAAGUGAUUAUACCCCCUUCAUUUGCAUAUGGAAAGGAAGGCUAUGAAGGCAAGAUUCCACCUGACGCAACAUUGAUUUUUGAGAUUGAACUUUAUGCUGUGACGAAAGGACCACGAAGCAUUGAAACAUUUAAACAGAUAGACACGGACAAUGACAGGCAACUCUCUAAAACAGAGAUAAAUCACUACCUGAAAAGGGAAUUUGAAAAAGAUGACAAGCCACGUGACAAGUCAUAUCAGAAUGCAGUUUUAGAAGAUAUUUUUAAGAAGAAUGAUCAUGAUGGUGAUGGCUUCAUUUCUUCCAAGGAAUACAAUGUAUAUCAACAUGAUGAACUAUAGUAUAUUUUUAUUUCUAAAUUGUCUUAGCUACUUACUGUACUUUAUAUAUAAAACAAAGUCACUUUUCUAGAACUUGUAUUUUGUUUUCUUCCCAUGAGAACAUAUUUCGAUCCCCUCAAUAUAUGUAAUUUUGACAUAAUAAAUGGGCGUUAUUUUGCAAAUUUAACGUUCAGG